AUGAGCAAGCGUGGACGGCAGGAUGAUCAGGAGGAUGUCGCGCACGCCAUCGAGGUUUUAUGCUGUCGAUCAGCUGUAAAAGGGGAGACAGAGGGUGUCAGCCUGACCCCACUCGAGCAGCAGGUAGUGGCGCUGAAAGAAUCCAUCUCACCACAUGUGAUCUUGAUGGUCGCUUGCGGUUAUCGCGUAAAAUUCUACGGCUCCGACAGCCGCGCCGUCAGCCGCCGCGUCGGCAUCAUGUGUAUUCCAGGGCAACCCUUCGAGUACAGCAGUUUCCCGUACACCCGCGUGGACCUCUACGUGCACCGGCUUGUGGCGAUGGGGUACCACGUUGGCUUUGCUGACCAGGAGUCCGCGGCUAUGCGAGCGGCGGACGGACUCAAGAGCGGCCUCUUCACCCGCAGUGUGUCGCAGCUGUACAGCCGCGGUACCCUCCUCCCCACGGAACGCGUCACCAACGGCGGUGGCAACGGCUGCGGUCCUGGGGAUGCCUCCAAAGUCCCAGCAGAGGAGAGCUGCGCCGGAGCGGGAGAAGCCGAAGAGGGGGAUGGCAAUGGCUUCAGCUGGCCACCACCGCAUGCGCCUCCUUCGCCAGACGCAAGCGCAUCGGAGCUAUUCCUGUGCUUCAUAGACACCGGCCGCUGCGGUGGUACGCGUGGCACCGAUGCCACAGAGGACGCACCCACAACAGCGCGGCCGCCGCUGUCGGUGGUGCUGGUGAGCUUCGUGACGCAGCGGUGCCUGCGCUUCGACGUUCGAGGCGCUCUCGAGCUGGAGGACAUCACGCAGCAGUACGACAUCGCCGAGGUGAUUGUGCUGGCGGCAGAGUCCCCAUCGAGAGAGCGCGGCAGCCGUGACGUGUCGCUGCAACGCACGACAGCAUGCUUUUUGAAGGCUCUCCCGGAGGUGUACGCCACGGUUCUGCGCCACGGGUUGCCACUCAAUUUCGGGCCGACAGCGAACGGGGAGGAGGAUGGCAAAGACGUCAGCGUCUCUGGCUACGUCUAUGCCGCAGGGCAGAGCAUCGACGCUGCCAUCGAGUCGUAUCUGAAGCCGUACAGGCUGGACCAGGUGUACCGGUCGCUGUGCGCGGGCGGAAGCUCAACUGAAGAGGCGCCCCGCGAAAACGAAGAAGGAGCGGCAGUGCCGGCGUCUCCAGCGCCCGACGGCGCGAGCACAGGCGCGCGGCUUGGCUGCCUGCACCUUCCCGGCCCGACGCUGCGUGCGUUGGACGUUUUUCACAGCAGUGUAGGGCCCCGUGGCUCCUUGGUAGGACUGCUCGACCACAGCGUCACACCGUGCGGAUCGCGGUGUCUGCGCCGGUGGCUUGCUGCGCCGCUGUGCGAGCGCGCCUCCAUUGUCGCCAGGCAGGAAGUACUCGUUUACCUCAUGGUCUGCAAAGACCACGGCCAGGUCGAGGAUCUCCUUCACGAGUGCGCGCGCCUGGGGGAUAUCGAGGCCGUCGUGAGCAAGCUGUAUGCUGAGCGCUGCCAAGUUGUCGAGUUCGUGCGCCUGCUGCGCAUGGUACGAAGUGUUUCAGUACUGGCAGCGCAGCUGUGCGACGGGGACAGCGAUGCCGGCCUCAGCGGCAGCCGACCGCCGCCUCUUCUUACUCAACUGCUGGCAAAUGUACAUGGCCCCGCGGUGGCGCGACUGCUCGAGAGGCAUGCUGCACUGCUACGCACCACCGCGACGACACCGCUAGAGUACUUCACGGAGGGCUGUCGCGCCGUGCCGAACGCGUUGCUGCCGCAUCUGAAGGCGAGGCAGGAGGCAGAGGCUGCCCUGCAGGCGGAGCUGGAGGCAGCACGAAAGGUGCUAGGCUUGCCAGGGCUCGAGUAUCGCGCCAUCUGUGGCACUCCCUUUGUACUCGACGUGCCGGCCUGCAAGUGCGCGCGCGUGCCGUCGGACUGGGUAGUGCAGACACGCACGAAGACGAAUGUGCGAUACCGCACGCCGAUUAUCACGGAGCAGCACAUUGGGCUGACGGCGGCGACGGAGCGGCUGUUGCUGGCGGCCACCGCAGCUUGGUGUCAGCACCAGCGUGAUACCGUCGCUGACGUAGAAGUGAUGCGGGUGCUGACGGGCGUGGUGGAAUCCAUCGCAGCACUGGACGCUCUCCGCUCUCUGGCGUUGGUGUCCCAGCAGCCGGGCUAUGUGAUGCCAGCGCUCGUGGCGCUACCAGCGUGGGCGCGGCAGUCUUCUACGUCGGCGUCGUCGCCCGUGGCGCUCACCAUUCGGCAGGGCCGCCACCCCAUCCUCGAUCGGCUUCUCCCUCACGGCUACGUCAGCUGCGAUGUGCAGCUGCGCGCAGGCGGGGCGUGGCUGCUGACCGGGCCAAACAUGGGCGGCAAGUCUGCUCUCAUGCGCAUGGUGGGUACGUUCGUCGUGCUGGCGCAAAUGGGCUGUGGCGUGCCGGCCGACGCAGCGGAGCUGCCGGUGUUCGAGGGCGUAUAUUGCCGCAUGGGCGCCAGCGACUCCAUCCUUGAAGGGGCCUCCACCUUUCUCUCAGAGAUGGACGAGACAAGUCGCAUCCUGCGUGCCCCGCAGCUGCCCCAUUCACUUGUGCUGAUGGACGAGCUGGGGCGCGGCACAAGCAGCUUCGACGGUGCUGCCGUUGCUGCCGCGACGCUAGAGUACUUGCUCGACCGUCGGGCCACCACCGUGUUCGUGACGCACUAUUGCUAUCUGUGCGAUCCCUACGUGGUGCAGAGGACCUCCGGCGGCGGGGAAAAUGAAGAGAAGCGGAUGGACGCCGACGAAGCUCGCGACGUGACGUGCUACUACAUGGGCUUCAAGGAGUCGGACCCAAGUCCGCUCGCUGACCAUGGCAUGAAGCCGUCGUUGGUCUUCACCUACAAGCCGUGCCGCGGCGUCACGCCGUCGAGCUUCGGUGUAGCGAUCGGCCGGGAAGCAGGUCUGCCAUCUGCGGUGACGGACACCGCCAGUCGCCUAAGCGCCGAGGCGGAGCAGCAGCAUCGCGUGAAGCAGGUCCUCUACGAGGUACGCCGUUUUCUGUCGUCGUGA